AUGGCCCCUUCUCCGAUUGAACCCCCCAACCCUCCGACCCCCGAAUACACUGAAUUCAUUCAGAAGCUGGUCGCAUUCCACGAGAAGAGAGGGACGAACUUGGAGACCGCCCCGAAAGUUGGCUCCAAAUACAUCAAUCUCCUCCAUCUGUUCAACACCGUGGUAGAGCGUGGUGGAUACGACAAAUUGAGCGAUGAGAAGCUAGCUUGGAGAAAACUGGGCCACGACUUCAGUUUGGGAACCGUCCACGCGCCCGCCGUGGCGUUUACUUUGAAGUCGGCAUACUACAAGAACCUGGCGGCAUACGAGAUAGUUACGAUACACGGUAAAGAGCCUCCGCCGCGGGAGAUCUUGGAGGAUACUACGGCGAAAGGUGGUGGACUGCUCACGCGGACAUUGGAGAACUUUCGGCCCUCUCAAAAGCGAGAGCCAGGCCAGCUGGGAAAUGACUCUGAUGCGGAUGAAGAGGGCACCCCAGUUCGAGAGAGUAACGCAAGUGAAGAUACACCAGGUUCCGGCGGCAGAGCGACAAGAGGUCUGCGACAAGCUCCUCCUCAACGGCAACUCUGGCAGCCCGAUACCAGUUCGACCAGACAGACCAAAACAGUUCCUACAUCCCACCCGAAUCCCACUCACCAACAGCAGAAUCAGCACAACCAAAAUCAACCAGCACCUCGAGGUGCCUCGACAUCCUACAACCCAGCCUCAAACACGGACAACAUAUCGCAGGCCGUUGCGAACUAUGAGCCACGUCCUCAGAUGCCUCUUACCCUUCGAGCUAUUGUGACUCCAGGAAACGCACCAAGUGAAUUUGCCAAGCGCAAAAAGGCUCUGCAAGAUGCUGCAAGAUCUGCUUCCGGGCACGUCCCUACUCCUUCGCAGCGGGGUAUCAUGCUCCCCGGGACUGGUUUUGAUGGUCCAAAUAUCUAUGUCCGCUGCUUGUGUGCAUUGAGGUCAGGCAUCCAAUCUGAGCAAGAGUAUGCUCUUCACCAUUUGGUCAAGAUCUCUAUGGAACGUGGAGACAAGUACCGAUUUGAAGGAUUUCCUGGCUUGGCAGAAGCAUUGAUUGAAAAGGUCCUUGAAGUCAGCUCGUUAUUCUACAAGGUCGCCUGGGAGGUCUCGUAUACCGGCGACGGGGAAAUGGUCAGCGGGGAUCUGAUUAAUGGUGUGGAUGGUACUCCAGAUAUCCUCCAACGCAUCGCGGCACUAUCCAAACUCGAGGUUGACGACAACAUUCAGACUGAGGAACACAGCGACAGAAUGCUUCAGAUCAACGAGGCUGCCCUCACAAUACGUAACAUGGUAAUGUUGGAGGAGAAUGCGUAUUACGUGUCCGAAAUAUCACCACUGCGAGACUUUUUGAGCAUUGCCCUGAACCUUCCAAAUAUGGACAGUUCUAUCGAACUGAAGCAUUAUGCUCUCGAUAUUGCUGAACAAUUGACCAAAUACAUGCGCCUUAGCGAGACGGACCCGCUUUACACAUCCCUCCUCAGCCAGCUUCACUCCGGGGAUCGAGGUGCAAUCUUGACCGCGUUGCGAGCUAUCAGCAGAAUUUCUAUGAAUUUCGAGGAGAACAAUCUUCUCAAGGGUGUCCCGGCAGCAGCUCUACAGAACAUUCUUGACUGGACUAUGCUCAAUGACGAGGAUCUGGUUCACGCUUGCUUGGAUUUUCUCUAUCAAUACACAGCCGUCGUCGAGAACGUAGACUUCCUUAUCUCGGAACUACGGGUGGAGUCCCUCAUCAACCAGCUCGUCAGACUAUUGAUGUACGGUGGAAGAGUCAUAGAGAGAGAGUUUCUCGUCAGCAAAGAUACCAGGAGACCUGCACCGAUGAAUAUUGCACAUCUCCCGCACGAGGUAUUCUCUCACAUCGUGAAGAUCGAGGAACCGGAACGCAGCUCGCUAUGGCUCCGUUGCUUGUUCGAGGAGGAUCCCGAGGAGUCAAUCACGCAGAUUGCGUUGUGGCAAGCCUACCAAGGAUGCUUCACAAAUACACUGACAGCUUCCGGAGCUGGACUGCUCGCGGCAGCCGAGUUCAUUAAAAACGUCAGCACAACCUUUGCGGAAAAGGCCGCAGCCCAGAUUCAAACAGGACCCGUGCAAAAGUUCAUCAUCAAAGGCAUCCGGAUGCGUCAUGUCCCCGUUGACACCAAGGGUGAGGAGGCCAGCAAGUGCCUGUGGAAAGGUCCAUUCGGCGGUGCUGAGCCCUGUGGACAGUUCUUCAUGAGCCCGGAGAGCAUGUUUCGGCACAUCCUCAAGGCGCAUCUUGGAGGUGGGCAAAAUGCUGACGGGAAAUUCGACAAUGCCCCGACAGGUCGCGACUACACAUGUCUCUGGAACAGAUGCGAGCGAUACCAUUCCAAAGCUCCUGCUACCAGACUAUCGCAGAUUGCGAAUCAUAUCAAAGUACAUCUUUCGCCUCGUGCAGUAGCACGCAAGGAGAUCGUCGACUUUGCAGGUCCACCGCCCGCGAAGAGAUCUAGAGCUUCCUAUAUCAUCCCUGGACCGAAGCGCAGUCUCACCUUCUACCAGACAGCAACAGACGAGCGUGAAGGUGCAGCCGGCGUCCCGCUCAGUGCUGUUCUUGUCUUGCGGAAUCUUGCGCGCAAUAUUCCGAGGACGGAUACUGAUGCUGCUGCGAGGCUGGCGGGCGGUGCGUCUUGGGUAGAUCGCCUGUUCAAGCCUGUUGAGCCGCGACUUUUCGACCUCAUGACGCACAAUAAGAGUUUGAUGGUUCAUAUCACGGACCUGAUCUCUGCGAUCAAGAGUUCUUGA